UUGCGGAGAGAAAAGUGAUGACGCUGCUCGCUUCUCUGAAGAGGCGUGACCAGCAGUCGUUUGUUUGCGGAGACGCUCCCAGCGCCGCCUAUAAAGGCCGCCAGCGCCGUGGCAAGCAGCAUUCGCUGGCGCACCGCCAUGGCCUUCAAGAGGACUGCGUGGCUGCUAACGGCCGUGUUCCUGCUGGCCGCCGUCGCCUGCGCCCUUUCGCAGCCCGUCACUCCGGGUGGACCCAAGCUUCCGCCUCCCCGCCAGCAGAGGGACGUGCCGCCACCAGGGGGGCGUGAGCCCGCCUCCACACCUAGGCCCGCCACCAUCCGCCCCCGGCCACCCGUCCAGAGACCUGGGCCAUAAGUAGAAACAGCACCAGAUCUGGAACGUAACACGUCUUCAAGUACUUAUGCUACUAUUAGAACCAAUCUGUGUAACAGUUCAGCUUGUCAGCGCAUA